AUGGAGGAUGUACUCAAGGCAGUCGAUGCCUCGUCCAUCAUGCCCAAGCUGGCGCCCCACCUGAGCCGACACCUGCUGUUCCCUCUGAUCCAGUUUGAGGGCGACAAGGCCGACGAAAAGGGCGACACGGACGCCUUCAACAAGAUCCUGGCCGGCAAGAUUGCGCUGCUCGAGGACACCAACAUGACCGACUACGUCGCCAACAUGUACUGCGAGCUCCACGGCGUCCAGGAGCCCCCCGCCGAGUACGUCCGCAAGCGCGAGGAGGUCGUGGCCCAGCUGCAAAAGUACGAGCAGGCCACGGCCACCAUUGCCGACCUCCUGACCCAGGACGAGGUCGUCAACGGCCUCCGCAGCGACAAGGUGGCCAACUUGGAGUUUCUCAAGAACCAGCACGGAGUCACCCUGGAAAUGGUCGACGCCCUCUACGACUUUGGCCAGUUCCAGUUCCGCUGCGGCCAGUACGGCCCCGCCGCCGACAUGCUCUACCAGUUCCGCGUGCUGUCGACCGACAACGACAAGGUCUCUGCCUCUACGUGGGGCAAGCUUGCGUGCGAGAUCCUCUCGGCCAACUGGGACUCGGCCGUCGACGAGCUCAAGAACGUCAAGGAGAGCAUCGACACCAAGCUCUUCAGCAACCCGCGCGCGCAGCUCGACCACCGCACCAUGCUCGUCCACUGGGCCCUCUUCCCGCUCUUCAACCACGACGCCGCCCGCGAGCCCAUCCUCGACAUGUUCUUCUCGGCGCCUUACAUCAACACGGUCCAGACGGCCUGCCCCUGGAUCCUGCGCUACCUCAUCGCCGCCGUCAUCACCUCGCGCGGCCGCUCCAGCGCCACCGGCAACAACCGCUCCUCGAGCAUCCAGCAGAAGCAGCUCAAGGACGUCAUCCGCUACGUCCGCCAGGAGGCCUACGAGUACGCCGACCCCGUCACCCAGUUCGUCAACGCCCUCUACAUUGCCCACGACUUCGAGGCCGCCCGCGAGGCCCUCCGCGCGGCCGAGGACGUCUGCCGCGCCGACUUCUUCCUCGCCUCCUCGGCCGACGCGUUCGUGGACGCCGCUCGCCACCUCAUCUGCGAGAGCUACUGCAAGAUCUUCUCCCGCAUGAACAUCCGCGACCUCUCCGCCAAGCUCGGCCUCAACCCCGACGACGGCGAGAAGUGGAUCGUCAACCUCAUUCGCGAGACCCGGCUUGACGCCAAGAUUGACUCCAAGGACGGCACCGUCAUCAUGAACCACCCCCCCAACAACGUCUACCAGCAGGUCAUUGAGAAGACAAAAGGCGGCUUCUUCCGCACGCAGGUCCUCAACGCCGCCGUUUCGAAAUAA